AGGCGGGGCUUCAUAGAAGAUUAUUUCCGUUGUAUUUCUACUUUAAAGUCAGUUGGAUUGACGGUGCAGCUCAGUGGUCGUUGAUGGACCAUCCCUAUGAAGACACAGUGUUACAAUGGGACAGAAUACCUCGGAACAAGAGGUCCAAGAAGACACAUUACCGGACAGAUUUGAUAACUUCAAGACAUUUGUGGAGGAGGAACUACAGACAAGCAUGUCUGUUCCCGUUCCUUUCUUCUCUGCUCAGAUGGUGGGGAUGGUGAUUGGUGCAGGUAUCACCAUAAUCCUCAUUGCCAUCCUCAUUUUCUUCGUCUUGCGGAGGAUCAAGCUUCGAAAUCUAGAGGCUCAGGAAGCACCCAAAUACCGCUUCCGCAAGAGGGAUAAGGUCAUGUUCUAUGGGCGAAAGAUCAUGCGUAAAGUCUCCCAGUCUACCUCUUCCCUGGUGGGUACAUCCUCCUCCUCUCGGCCCCGACUAAAGAAGAAGCAGAAGAUGCUCAACAUUGCCAAAAAAAUCCUGCGUUUCAAGAAGGAGGUACCCACCCUUCAAGCCAAGGAGCCCCCUCCCUCAGUGCUGGAGGCAGACCUCACCGAAUUUGAUGUGGCCAACUCCCACCUCCCGUCCGAGGUGCUUUACAUGCUCAAAAAUGUCCGUGUGCUGGGUCACUUUGAGAAGCCCCUUUUCCUGGAACUGUGCAAGCACAUGGUCUUUCUGCAGUUUCAGCAAGGGGAAUACGUUUUCAGACCAGGCCAACCAGACAGCAGCAUCUACGUGGUUCAGGAUGGAAAACUAGAACUGUGCCUUACUGGAACGGAUGGCAAAGAAAAUGUGGUGAAGGAGGUCUACGCGGGAGACAGUGUCCAUAGCCUCCUCAGCAUUUUGGAUGUCAUCACAGGCCACCAGAAGCCUUACAGAACAGUGUCCGCACGGGCUGCAGAGGUUUCCACUGUUCUCCGUUUACCUGUCGAGGCCUUCCUGUCUAUAUUUGAGACAUACCCUGAGAGUUUAGUGCGAGUAGUUCAGAUUAUCAUGGUUCGUCUCCAAAGAGUAACAGUCCUCGCUCUGCACAACUAUCUGGGGCUGACCAAUGAGCUCUUCAGUAACGAAAUGCAUCCUUCACGUCUGCCGCCACAGACUCCCCACGCUACACGCACCAGUCCUGUUCGCCAUGGCAAACGGUUUGGCAGCCUGACAGUGCCGGAGGAGCAUCGGGAAGCUGCCAUGAAGGGUGAAGCUCAAGGAGGAGGACAAGGAAAAGAUGGAACAGUGCCAACCCUUAGUAGGACCAUCUCCAUGCCUGUGGACAUUUCUGGUAUGCAGAAAGGUCUGAGGUCUGAUUUUGACAUGGCAUAUGAAAGAGGACGGAUUUCUGUCUCUGCAGAAGACGGAAAUACUCCCCCCACCUUUUCUCGGUCUGUAUCUCAGGAACAACGUGAGAGGAAAGUGACAGUAGAUGAGAUUCCAUCAGGCAUCUAUCUGUAUCCCGAAGAAGAGUCAACUGCAGACAACAUGUUUACACCUGUAUCCGGCCGCUCCAGUGCGACUCUGUUUGAGGAAGCUCAGAAAGAGGUUCUCAGACUAAUGAGGAUUGAGGACCCAUCAUUAUUAAGUGGGAAAGUGACUCUGCACCACGCCAAAGCUGGAGCUGUUUUAGCAAGACAGGGAGACCAGGAUGUGAGUCUGCACUUUGUCCUGUCUGGCUGUCUGCACGUGUACCAGCGGAUGAUUGACAAACAGGAGGCCGUCUGCUUGUUUGUGAUUCAUCCCGGAGAGAUGGUCGGCCAGCUGGCCGUGCUCACUGGAGAGCCCCUCAUCUUUACCGUUAAGGCUGUCCGAGACUGUACUUACCUGAAGAUCUCCAAGUCAGAUUUCUACGAGAUCAUGAGAGAGCAGCCCAGCGUGGUGCUGAGUGUGGCCCACACAGUUGCCAUACGCAUGUCUGCUUUCGUCAGGCAGAUGGACUUUGCUAUUGACUGGAUGGCUGUUGAAGCUGGCAGAGCUCUCUACAGACAAGAUGACCAAUCGGACUGCACCUACAUUGUUCUGAAUGGACGUUUACGUUCAGUCAUUCGCAAGGCAAAUGGCAAGAAAGAGUUGGUUGGGGAGUAUGGUAGAGGUGACCUGAUUGGUGUGGUGGAGGCCUUGACCAAGCAGCCCAGAGCCACCACCGUCCACGCCGUGAGAGACACAGAGCUGGUUAAACUGCCCGAGGGAACGUUGAACAACAUCAAAAGACGAUAUCCACAGGUAGUAACAAGGUUAAUCCACCUUUUGGGCCAGAAGAUUCUGGGAAACCUACAACAGGGCCGUGGGCCAUUCUCAGGUUCAGCCCUCAGUUUGCCCAGUAUGGCAACCAGUGCUGAUGUUACUAACCCUGCUAGCAAUCUCUCAACCGUGGCAGUGCUGCCUGUAGGUGAUGAAGUUCCCAUCAAUGCCUUCAACUUGGAGCUUAGCCAUGCCCUCAGUGCCAUAGGGCCCACUCUACUUCUAACCAGUGAAAUAAUCAAAGAGCGCCUGGGUGCUUCUGCUUUGGACAGUAUCCAUGAGUAUCGUCUCUCUGGCUGGCUGGCCCAGCAGGAGGACAUCAAUCGGAUUGUCCUGUACCAGACCGACAGCAGCAUGACCCCAUGGACUCAGCGCUGCAUUCGGCAGGCUGACUGCAUCCUCAUCGUUGGCUUGGGGGACCAGGAACCGACGCUGGGAGAAUUGGAGCAGAUGCUAGAAAACACAGCAGUGCGGGCUUUGAAGCAACUAAUCCUUCUGCACAGAGAGGACGGGCCCGGUCCGUCCAGGACGGUCGAGUGGCUCAACAAUCGCAGCUGGUGCUCUGGACAUCUGCACCUUAAGUGUCCUCGCCGGGUCUUCUCGAGACGUAGUCCCAUUAGACUGAGGGAGGUAUAUGAGAAGGUGUUUCAGAAGACAGCGGAUAGACACAGCGACUUCUCUCGGCUGGCCCGAGUCCUGACCGGCAACAGCAUCGCUCUUGUGCUGGGAGGAGGUGGAGCGAGGGGCUGCUCUCAUGUGGGUGUGAUAAAAGCUAUGGAGGAAGCAGGAAUUCCUAUUGACAUAGUGGGUGGGACAUCGAUUGGCUCAUUCAUUGGUGCGCUGUAUGCUGAGGAGAGGAGUGCCGUUCGAACCAAACAGAGAGCCAGAGAGUGGUCCAAGGCAAUGAAUUCCGUCUUUAAGACAGUCCUGGACCUCACCUAUCCCAUUACCUCCAUGUUUUCUGGUUCUGCCUUCAACACCAGCAUCUAUAAAGUAUUCCAGGACAGACAAGUAGAGGACCUGUGGCUUCCGUACUUCAACGUCACCACUGACAUCACAGCCUCAUCCAUGCGUGUUCAUCAGGAUGGUUGCGCCUGGCGCUAUGUUAGAGCCAGCGCCUCCUACACCCCCUAUUUACCUCCCUUGUGCGACCCCAAGGAUGGCCACUUGCUUGUGGAUGGUUGCUAUGUUAACAAUGUCCCAGGCUCUCUGUGGCGCUAUGUGCGGGCGAGCAUGACCCUUUCAGGGUACCUGCCGCCUCUCUGCGACCCCAAAGAUGGCAACUUGCUAAUGGAUGGUGGCUACAUCAACAACCUGCCAGCGGACAUUGCAAGGAACAUGGGGGCCAGAACAGUCAUUGCCAUCGACGUGGGGAGCCAAGAUGAGACUGACCUUUGUAACUAUGGCGACAGCCUGUCCGGCUGGUGGUUGCUGUGGAAACGGAUCAAUCCCUGGGCAGAGAAAGUAAAGGUGCCAGACAUGGCAGAGAUCCAGUCGCGGCUGGCGUACGUGUCUUGUGUGCGGCAGUUGGAGGUGGUGAAGAAGAGCGCGUACUGCGAGUACAUCAGGCCACCGAUUGACCGCUUCAAAACCAUGGACUUUGGCAAGUUUGAUGAAAUCUAUGAUGUGGGCUUCCAGCAUGGCAAGUUGUUAUUCACCGGCUGGGCUCGAGGUGACAUUAUCGAGAACAUGCUGAAGGAUCAUCGUUCGGCCGACUACAACGACAGCAAGAGAACUGAUUCCUGCACGUGUCCAGGAGCUGACUUCACUGACCUUGCAGAGAUUGUUUCCAGGAUAGAGCCUGUCCAGACCUACGUAGCCACAGAAGCGGAUGAGUCGGACUGUCUGACAGAGUACGAGGAAGAUGGGAUGGACACGGUGAGAGAGGAAGAGGGGGAAGAGGAGGAGGACGAGGCAGACGACCCUGAAGACCACUCCCCCGGAGAGUGGGGACAGAAUGGGAUCUUUCAGACUGAUGAGGAGAAAUCUGUGCGGCAACGCAGGAAACUGGCCAGCGAUUCCAACACCUCUGAAGUGUCAGACUGCUAGCAGCGGGCCUCGGAGGAGUCGAGGAACAAAAACAAUGGUUAAGCUACGGGUCCAUAAAUUGUCUUCAGAUGUGUGUGCUAUCCCCAGCCUCCGUAACUUCUGAAACUCUGGAAUCACGUUGUUGUUUUUGCAGAGAACCACUUUUCAUUGAUUAAGGUGUUGAACAAGUUGGAUUGAGUGGCUUCCCAGUGAUGUACACGAUGAGGAUUUCCUCUCCCACACUUUUACUUGUCACCAACAAACCAAACUAAUGCGUUGCCAGAAUCUGUGCCAGAACAAAGGACUGGCGGUCCGAACUUCAUUUCAGGGCACCGCGUUCCAUUUGUUUCUCUAAAUUUUCAUGUGAGUCUUUAAUAUCAAUACAGGUGUCCCGCACGCCAUCGCUGAGGAUGGGACACAGCGUCCGUGUCUUUUGUAAAAUGGUGAAUUUGAAGUGGUAGUAACACACGAGAAAGAGCAGUAAGGAGUGCAGACAGUAGGUAUUAAGAGCUAUUAUAGUUUAUUUUAGAUACCAGUUAGAAGUUUGGUAGAAGAUGCGGUUAAAAAAAAGAAAUAAUAAUAAAAAUAUGACUGUUUGUUCAAUGAACAAAGGCUUGGCCAGUACACAGGAGGAUGGACCAGAUGGAUCAAUAUACUGUACAGAAUGUUGAAAUAGAAGUUUAAAAAAAAAAAACUGUAGGCAAGGAAAAAGUGCAUCAUUGAGCAAAGAGUUGAUUUUAUUUAUUUAUUUAUACGUACACGCUGUAGACUGAACUAGAAUUGCUGUCUGGUAGGUAGAUUAAGCCAAAUAGGUGGAUCGAGCUGUAAAUGGAAAUGAGGACAAAUGAGACGAUGUUGGUGUGUGAAUGAUAACUAUACGUAUGUUGGUGGUUGAAACUUUUUAUUUGCGGUGACUCCAGAUUUAAAUGACACCUUCUCAACCACUGUUCAAAGGGCCCGGUGAAUGUGAUUGUGGUAUCCCGGACCGACACUAGCACACUGUAAACAGUUGUGUUUCUGCCCCUGUUUGCACAAGAUCACACAGUACACGGUACACCUGAGUGUGACUUGACAUUUGUGACGAAAAAAAAACUCUGAGUGAAUGACGAGGUGUAUUUAAGACUAUAUUUCAGACCGUGGAUUUCAGAUAAUCUCCAUAACCAUGCCAGUGAAUUAUUGUUUAAAAUGAAUAAAUAGACAUCUGUUAUUUUGACAUGACAAAAUACAGAGUAAUCCUAAACUUCCAAUGGAGAGAAAUUCACAUCCAGUGUCUCUUAAGUCAUAUGGACUUCUUGUAGAAAUUGUAACAAGAUUAUAAUAUUAUACCAUAAACAAUGUUAAUAUAUGUAUAUGAAGUAGAUUUUUUUAAGUUGAUGCUUUGCUGCAGAACAAGGGAAACUACAGCUAAAAAAAUGAGAGGGAGGGUGAUGAUGUCUGUUGACAAUUGCCACAUUUUGCUUUUACUUUCUUUUAAUUUAUGUGUUCACUAAUAGCUUUUUCAAUUGGGAGGAGAGGGAUGUCCUAUUUAAUUAACUUAGCUUUAGCUGUUUUGCACUGAAAUGUUUGAAUUAUUCCUUCCUCAGAAGAUAUCUGGUUUAAUAUUUGCCAUCUGGCUUGAUAUACCAAGGGAAUUUAAGGAAUAAAGAGAUGCAUUUAAAAUGCAUAUUUGAAAAUAAAAGUAAUAAGCACCCUGA